GGGCCAAUGGCUGUUUGAGAAAAGCUUUGCCUUAAAUGCAUGGGGAGAAGUGAUCAGGGCAGCGAACAGAGCAUCAUUCAGAUAGGAGAACAGAGCCUCUAUUACUGACACAGCAUCGAGCCAGCACACCUCCUACCACCAAGACUCAGUAGUUUCCUGGUGAGAGGCAGACACAUCAUGAGUGACGAUCAGAGCCUAUCUGAGGUUGAGAUGAGCCCUGUUGGGUCUGAAGAUACUUCUUUAACACCUGAGCCCCUAGCAUCUCAUGCCCACUCCGGUCCAGAUGAUGAUGAAGAAGGAAAGGUGAAAAAAGAGCAUGAUUCAGAAGAUGAAAGAUUUCCUGUCUGUAUACGUGAAGCUGUCUCCCAGGUCUUGAGCGGUUAUGACUGGACACUAGUCCCUAUGCCAGUGAGAGUCAAUGGAGGCAAUAAGUCAAAACCACAUGUGAAGAGACCUAUGAAUGCAUUUAUGGUAUGGGCACAGGCUGCCCGCCGGAAAUUAGCUGACCAGUAUCCACACCUACACAAUGCAGAGCUAAGCAAGACAUUGGGAAAGCUUUGGAGGUUGUUGAAUGAGAAUGAUAAGAGACCCUUCAUAGAAGAAGCAGAGAGACUGAGGAUGCAACACAAGAAAGACCACCCAGAUUAUAAGUACCAGCCUCGUAGAAGAAAGAAUGGAAAGCCCACACCUGGAGAGGGAGAUGGAUCCUCUGAAACUGAGGGAGGUGCUGCGUCCAUACAGGCUCACUACAAAAACUCACACCUGGACCAUAGACAUGGUUCCCCAAUGUCUGAUGGAAAUUCAGAACACUCCACAGGUCAAAGUCAUGGUCCUCCCACUCCUCCAACAACACCAAAAACAGAGCUUCAGGGAGGAAAAUCUGAAGGCAAGAGAGAUGGAUCUCGCACUAUGGCAGAAGGAGGGAAACCCCAUAUUGAUUUUGGAAACGUUGAUAUUGGGGAAAUAAGCCAUGAUGUCAUGUCCAACAUGGAAACAUUUGAUGUCAAUGAGCUUGACCAGUACCUUCCACCCAAUGGUCAUGCUGCCCACCCAAGCCACAUUGGGGGUUACACCUCCAGCUAUGGUCUCAGUGGAGCUCUGGCUGCCGGUCCUGCUUGGGCUUUGGCAAAGCAACAUGCUUCCACUGUGCCAGACUCAAAAGCCCAGGUGAAGACAGAAAACUCGAGUACCAGCCAUUAUACAGAUCAACCUUCAACAUCACAGCUGACCUACACUUCACUGGGGCUGCCACAUUAUGGUUCCGCCUUUCCCUCUAUUUCAAGGCCACAAUUCGACUACUCAGAUCACCAAGCUACAAGUUCUUAUUACAGCCAUCCUAGUCAGGCCUCCAGCCUCUACUCUGCAUUCUCCUACAUGGGCCCACCACAGCGUCCUCUCUACACUGCAAUUUCUGAUGCUCCUAGUGUGGCUCCCUCACACAGCCCAACACAUUGGGAACAGCCUGUCUACACCACUCUCUCGAGACCAUGAGAAUUACAGAAAAGCAGGAAAAGGAGGGACAUCUCUCGGAUAGCAACGUACUACUCCGGGAUCCUCCCAAAGCUCAGAUCCCAGGUAGAAUCCGGAUUCCAAGAGCACCUGGAAACUGUAGCUGGUUUCUACGGGCCCCUGGGAAAGACAGUGACCGGGGAAAAAUGGGCCAUUUCUCUGACAUAAAAAAACUUCAGUGUAAAAAUGGUGGGGUAGGAUAGCAGGGCAAUGCAGGGAUGGGGGAAGGGAAUAAAGAUUAUACACAAUUAAUGAACUAGUAUCUCCCAUUUUGAGGGAGAAAGCUGCAACAUCUGACUUGGUAGUGGCUUUGAUCUUAGGCGCCAGAUUGGCUGGCAAAAUUGACUAUGCACAGCCAUUGGCAGCUGAAGGCAAAUUACUAUCCGAAAGCAGCUUGACUUUUUUAUCCAGUUGACCUGGGCUGCUAACCUGUUUCAAAGAAGGGAUAGUCCAAACAUCACUAAUCAACUAAACAACUUGGAAAUUGACUGAUUGUUAGUUUAUACUAUUCACUUGCAUACAAAGUUGAAUAGUAAUUUAUGAUGGAAAAUCUAUUACAGUUCUUGUUCUCCUAAUCCCAUCUGCAUGAAUAGUGAGCAAACAGAGCUGCAUUUUAAUAAUCCUGAAGAAAAAUUAUUUGUGGAGUCAGGAGAUAAUUAUCCAAGUAGUAAUCCACUCAUUGUGCAGUGGUAAGAGCAAUACAGUGACAAAUAGCUCCAAUUGGAGUUCAUUUUGGGUGUAACAAGAUGGCCAACAUUUGGCUUGCAUAUUCAUCCACAGUACUGUGCAAUUUUCAGAGAGAGUCUUGAAAAUCAAGAUGACAUUUUCACCUCCUCAACAUGGUACUGGUAUGUCAUGCAUUCUGAAUCAAUAGAUGUAUGUUUAUUAAAAUAAAAAGAAAAAAGCUGGUACAGUUUUCCACCAGGUUUAAAAUGGCCAACGUCUGGACUGCCACUUCCUGUUUAAAUCUUUAGGCAUAGUAAUAUCAGCAAAACUAAUACUAAGUACAGACGAUAAGCAAGUCAUAAAAAAUGUAAAUAAACAGAAAGCUAGAUCAAAUAAUUUUCCUUGAAGAAAUAAACCUGAAGUCCCUCUACUGUAAAACAGAUAUAAUGACUUUCUACUUGUCUAAAAUGAGUAACAAAGUAUUUCUAGAUCUUCCUGUCUUCAAUCAGGAGCCUAGUGUGGAAGUUUACAUAUUUUUAUAAGGUCUCAAAAAUGUCAGUGAUAGUUGCAAACAUUGCAGUAUAGUAUACUUACAAAGCCCUUACAUCAUGAUAGAGUAGUGGUAAAAUCAGAUCUUUCCACGAAGGGUGGGAAGUUCAUAAAAUUCAAUUUGUCCACCUAUUUCCUACAAAUCAACUAAAAACUAACAUUUACAAGGCAUUCUCCAACAACUUGAUAAUGCUAGUGUAACAAUAUGUAGGUAUAGUGCCACGGGCACAAGAAAUUGAAUGUCACACCUUCCAGUAAGUAAGCAGCUAUUUUAAAGUUAGCACACUCUCAGUGGCAGCCAUUUUAUUUCCCCACAAGGGGAACACUAUUAACUGGCAUUUUUCCAAACAGGAUACUAUGAAGUAUGUUUAUCAGGAUGAAAAAAUGGAAACAGUAAAAGCAAUAUGUAAAUAUAAAAAUAUAUAUCUAUAUAUAUAUAUUUUUGUUUUUGACAGGUGUGACGAGACUGGUGCUUUUACCACAAUGUCUCGGCAGACUUUGGUUUUAACCAUUUUUUGUUUCAGUUUUGGGUUUUUUGAUAUGAAGAGGGACAGAAAUCCAUGAACCCAUUUGGGGUUAAGUUAUUUGAUACUUUGUCCUAUGCCCAGAUAAACCCCAGUGUAUAAUGAAAUUUGUCCCUUCCUCCAUCAGUCUUUAUUCAGCUAAAGAUGGUUUUGUUUUCAAUGUAUGUCUUUCCUUUCUCAUUAUGUGUAACUGUAUCUUAUUUAUGUAAAUAUCAUAUCUUACCCAAUUUUUCUGACUUGUCAUUCCUUUAACUGUGCAUAAAAACAUAUACAAGAUAAAUAUAUAAAUAAAAA